AUGUCUACCACCUGUAAUGCCCGUUCUGACUUAGAUGCGCUUGAGGAGGAGAUUGUAAACAAAUUUCGACACGAUGACCAUCUUCUAUGGACCGAAAUGGUACCCGAUCCGCUGGGCACCCCCAGUCGACUCGAGAAAGGCAUUUUACCUCGCCGACAGAUCGAUGCGUCGGCUCAAGAAUACCUAGCAGCAGCGAGACGAUCCUUGAUUGAAAUAAUUAGAAAUGAAGCAAACUCGGAGGAGUGGCAACAAAGAAACUGGAACGCCUUUCGCCGUCUAUUGAAGAUACAAAGUGGUAUCGAUCUUGAGGAGGUUUGUGAGAGUCUGCAGGAGGAGAACCAGCUUUCACGACCAGGCUCGAAUAUGGAGAAUUACUCCGAGCUGUCCGCAAAGGAAGUACCAGGCAUGGAUGUGGAACAAGGAGACAGCACGGGUGCAUCUGACAAGGUCGACUUUGAAGGUCAACACAAACAAACCACACAAGACAAGCAAGUUUCGAAUGUUUCAUUAGUACAGUCACGUAUCCAACAGCAGCUCCUCAACUUGUUUGCAGAUUCAGCCCAGAAAGACAAUGGCGAAACCUUUGAUGAGCACAGCAAGAGAGCAAGAGAAGCUCUUGAGUUAUUGCGUCGUGAGGAAGGUUAG